GGUAGGUUUUCACGGUAUCAUGGCUCCAUUCCGAUGGCCAGAAAUGAAGCACGAGUUAGCCCUUGCAAAGGAGGUGGCAAAGUAUUUACCUGAAAAGCCCCAAGAGUGGGACGAAGUAGCAAAAAUACUCAGCAAUGCUUUUUCUACUGAUGAUAAACCAGUAGAAGUCAAAGGGAGAGGAUGUCGAGAAAAGAUGGAUAGAAUACUUGAGAAAUACAAAUCGGAGGACGCCAAAGCUUUGAAAAGAGCGUCGCAGUGAUACAUUUAGUAAGUCUGAUGAAGAUUCAGGGGGGGGUCCGAUAGUGGUGAUGAAAGCACUUCUUUGAGAGGUACA